UGGUGAUUCCCAAGUCAAUGAUAAUUGUGUAUUUACUAUUUAAUAUAGUUAUAACUUAUAAUAUAGUUAGAUAUAUUAAAUAUACCCAAGUUUUUAUUUAUUAAGUACUGGCCUUUUAAGGUUUAUUUGAUGUUGUUUAAAUUGAGUGCCACUGUUAGGUGAAGAAGUAGAUUACCAGUUUUCAAAAAUGAACGAAAUAGCCGAAGAAAACAUUUCCAAGAUGAACCAUGAGGAACGGAUGAUGGCAACCGUAGCAGAAAUCAUCCAAAAGUUGUUAACUGCACAAAAAGAAAAUCGGGAUGUUAAUCUAAACAAAUUAAAAACCCAAAUAUCUUCAAAAUACGGUUUAAAGUCGUCUCCCCGAUUGGUGGAUAUCAUAUCGGCCGUUCCUAAUGAUGCUAAAAAACUAUUGUAUCCCAAACUUAAGGCGAAACCAGUUCGAACUGCUAGUGGGGUAGCCAUUGUUGCAGUGAUGUGUAAACCUCACCGAUGUCCUCAUAUCAAUAUGACUGGUAAUAUUUGUGUUUACUGUCCUGGAGGUCCCGAUUCUGAUUUUGAAUACUCAACUCAAUCAUAUACUGGUUAUGAACCAACUUCGAUGAGAGCCAUACGAGCGCAUUACAAUCCGUAUGUUCAGACUCGUCACAGAGUUGAACAGCUGAAACAAUUAGGACACAAUGUAGACAAAGUGGAAUUCAUCGUAAUGGGAGGAACUUUUAUGAGUUUACCCGAAGACUACCGUGAUUAUUUCAUUAGAAAUUUGCAUGACGCUCUGUCAGGCCAUACAAGCUCCAAUGUUCAAGAAGCAGUCAAGUAUUCAGAGAGGAGCAACGUAAAAUGCAUCGGGAUUACUAUAGAAACACGACCAGAUUAUUGUUUGAAUCGUCAUUUGAGCGACAUGUUAAAUUACGGUUGUACGCGAUUGGAGAUUGGUGUUCAGUCUGUUUUCGAAGAUGUCGCUCGUGAUACUAAUAGAGGUCACACGGUUAAAGCUGUGUGUGAAACAUUCAAUUUAGCGAAAGAUUGUGGUUUCAAAGUAGUAUCGCAUAUGAUGCCCGAUUUGCCCAAUGUCGAUUUAGAAAGAGAUUUUCAACAAUUUAAGGAAUUUUUUGAAAACCCCGAUUUUCGGGUUGACGGUUUAAAAAUUUACCCUACUCUCGUCAUGAGAGGUACUGGGCUGUAUGAACUGUGGCGAACUGGACGAUAUCGAAGCUACUCGCCGUCCGAACUAGUCGACUUGAUUGCGCACAUUUUGAGUCUCAUACCUCCGUGGACGCGGGUUUAUCGUGUGCAAAGAGAUAUCCCAAUGCCAUUAGUUACAUCUGGUGUAGAACACGGUAAUUUACGUGAAUUAGCCUUAGCUCGUAUGAAAGACCUGAAUUUACAAUGCCGCGAUGUCCGAACGAGAGAAGUCGGCAUUCAAGAAAUACACAAUAAAGUUCGACCUUACGAAAUAGAACUCAUACGAAGAGAUUACGUCGCAAAUAAUGGAUGGGAGACGUUUUUGUCGUACGAGGACCCAGAACAAGAUAUUUUAAUCGGAUUAUUGCGAUUACGAAAAUGUACAAACUCAUUCAGGCCUGAGUUGCAAGGAAAAGUUUCAAUCAUCAGAGAGCUCCACGUGUACGGCAGCGUCGUUCCGGUACGAUCGAGGGACCCUACCAAAUUCCAACAUCAGGGAUUCGGUAUGUUGUUGAUGGAAGAAGCCGAACGCAUUGCUCUUCACGAACACAAAUCUACCAAAAUAGCUGUUAUAUCAGGAGUCGGUACUAGAAACUAUUAUAGGAAGCUCGGUUACGAGCUGGAUGGACCUUAUAUGUCAAAACCGCUAUAAGUUGUAUUGUUAUUGUAUAUUUUCUUAUGUAAAUAAACAUCAAAUAUGUCAAGUACAAUAA